AUGUUUCAACUUCUGAGACAAUCUGGCGCAUCCUCAAAUUCAAGCUUCACAAUAGCCACAUCAUUUGAAUAUCUGCAGAUAGUUAAUGGGAUGCUUUUUAAAAUAUUUAAAGAGGCAUAUAAAACAAGGGGUUUAUUAGAAGAUAAUAAUAAGUGGAGUCUUGCCUUGGAGGAAGCUAGCCUUUAG